UAGUGUUGCCGGUGUUAACUCCCGAUGUGAGCUUGCAGCGACACCACGGUUUGUCAGAAACAGGGAGAUCGGGACAUGGGCAGAGAUUGAGGUAAAUAGAGAGAUCAGAGGGAGGCAGAUCUGAAUCGUCAAGCAGCAGUGCCUUUGUGGUGUUGAUCGAAAAAGGGCAUCGGCGGGCACUUGAGGUGAAUCGGACCACCCUCCAUGCCAAGCGAGAUGAAGAGGGGGAGGUCGGUGACAACGAUGCCUUCACGGGGAUCUUUGAGGCGGUGGCUAUGGUGAUAUCGGGAGGAGAAUGGUGGCACUACAGCUCAUGGUGGAGAAGUGGUCUCGGGGAAGCCGGAGAUAGAAGGUUGAGGAACGACGGAGACGGGAGCAAUCGCGGGAGGCAAAUUGACCGGAACGAUGACGCUGAUCCAAAAACGAGAGACGGGAGCAGUGACUUCAUCGACGGAGAAUGGUGACUUCGCCGAUGGAGAAGAGGGGCUUGGCCGUUUCCUGCCUCGUGUCUCUCUUUUCAUUUUCUCGUAAUAAAUUACCUCAAUUUAUUAUGAUACAUCCUCUCCUGUAACUCUCUGUGUAAAGGCCCAUGUGAACAGAUAGCAUAACUCUUGCUUGCUAGACGAAUGUGUGCGAGACAGUGAGAUGAGUAAGCCGACCACGCAAUCUGCCUUUCAGUUUGACCACAAAAAAAUUAAGGUGAGGCGAGCCGCAGUUUAGCAGCCAAAGGAAUCAACCUUGGAACAUGAAUGGCGAACUGCCACGUGUCUCGCUAUCACAUUAUCCCAAGUCCUCAGCCCUGCGAUCACAAUCCCAAUCAGUCAAAUAGCUCGUCCUCGUCGUUGUCUUCUCAACGGUCUGUAAAAAUGACAACGGAGCUCCUCCGAAUUCCUCUCUCGCCUCGCCCCAAUCUCCGCUUCAGCAGCCGCUUCUACCUCACUCGAUUCGGUAAUCUUCAGCGACGAUCUCUCUUCGAUCGGAGGCGGUAUCCUACGCCGGAACUUGUGUUCCGGCCGCAACGUCGACGGAGAACAGGCAGCGUUACUGUUGCGAAGGCCGUUGAGUUUAGAGCUCCAUCUCCGGGGUUUCGACCACAGGAAGAGCAACAAUGGGGCGGCGAGUCGUCAUCGGUGCUUAUCGACGUCACCGGGAUGAUGUGCGGCGCGUGCGUGUCCCGCGUCAAGUCGAUUCUCUCGUCCGACGAACGAGUCGAGUCGGCGGUGGUGAACAUGCUGACGGAGACGGUGGCUGUCCGGUUGAAGCCCGUUGAAAUUCAGGAAGAUGUGGUGGAGGAUUUGGCCCGGAGGCUGAGCGAGUGCGGGUUUCCGUCGAAGAGGAGGGUUUCGGGGAUGGGGGUGCAGGAGAAGGUGAGCAAGUGGAAGGAGAUUGUGGAGAAGAAGGAGGCUUUGCUUGUGGAGAAUCGGAACAAGGUGACUUUCGCUUGGACUUUGGUGGCUCUCUGUUGUGGAUCACACGCUUCGCAUGUCUUGCAUUCUCUUGGGAUUCAUAUUGCUCAUGGAUCACUUUGGGAGGUACUUCAUAAUUCGUACGUGAAAGGUGGCUUGGCUGUAGGGGCUUUACUGGGACCUGGACGAGACUUGCUUUUUGAUGGUUUAAGGGCAUUCACAAAGGGUUCACCAAAUAUGAAUUCUCUUGUGGGAUUUGGAUCAAUUGCUGCAUUCGUCAUAAGUGCGGUGUCACUUCUUAACCCUGAGCUGGACUGGAAUGCUACAUUCUUUGAUGAGCCGGUAAUGCUUCUUGGUUUUGUGCUUCUUGGACGUUCCUUGGAAGAAAAAGCCAGGCUUAAGGCAUCCAGUGAUAUGAAUGAACUCAUGGACCAAGCCUCGAGGAGGAUGAUUGGCAAUGCUAAGUCACUAUUGUCAACUCAAUCAAGGCUUGUGGUUACCCCAUCAGGCUGCAAUUCAUCAAAUGAUAGUGUACUUUGCUCAGAUGCAAUUUCCAUUGAGGUCCCAACUGAUGAUAUUCGGGUUGGAGACACACUGUUGGUUUUGCCUGGAGAAACCAUACCUGUCGAUGGGAUAGUUCUUGCAGGGCGAAGUGUUGUGGAUGAGUCCAUGCUCACUGGAGAAUCACUUCCUGUAUUUAAGGAAGAAGGCCUUACCGUCUCUGCUGGAACAAUAAACUGGGAUGGACCUUUAAGGAUUGAAGCCUCUUCUACUGGUGCCAACUCAACAAUAGCCAAGAUUGUUCGCCUGGUUGAGGAAGCCCAAGGCCAUGAAGCACCUAUACAAAGGCUUGCAGAUAAAAUUGCCGGGCCAUUUGUGUACAGUGUGAUGACUUUAUCUGCCAUGACAUUUGCCUUUUGGUACUAUGUUGGAACGCACAUAUUUCCAGAUGUAUUGCUUAAUGAUAUUGCUGGACCUGAUGGAAAUCCUUUGCUUCUAAGCUUGAAACUUUCUGUGGAUGUCUUGGUAGUCUCCUGCCCUUGCGCACUGGGCCUUGCCACACCUACAGCAAUCCUAGUUGGAACCUCUCUGGGAGCAAAACAAGGACUUCUUAUCAGAGGCGGGGAUGUAUUGGAACAUUUGGCUGGCAUUGAUACUGUUGCUUUAGACAAGACUGGCACCAUCACAGAAGGUAAACCAUCUGUCUCUGCAUUGGCAACUUUGGUUCACGAUGAAUGCGAACUUCUUCAAAUUGCUGCUGCAGUCGAAAGAACAGCAUCACAUCCAAUUGCCAAGGCUAUUAUAACCAAAGCAGAGUUAUUAAAUUUGAAUAUCCCAAGUGCAAAAGGGCAAUUAACAGAGCCAGGUUUUGGGUCAUUAGCUGAAGUAGAUGGACAUUUGGUUGCAGUUGGCACUUUGCAAUGGGUUCAUGAACGAUUCUAUCAAAAAGCAGACCUCGCUGAUAUAAUGAAUCUUGAACAGAUUUUGAUGCAUCCAUCCUCAGAUGGCAUAUCAUCGUCAGAACAUUCAAAGACAGUUGUUUAUGUUGGACGCGAAGGGGAGGGUGUUAUCGGGGCUAUUGCCAUAUCUGAUAACUUACGCCAUGAUGCUGUAUAUACUAUAAACAGGCUUUCUCAGAAGGGAAUCCAAACAAUCCUCUUAUCAGGAGACAGGGAAGAUGCAGUUGCAACUAUAGCCAAUGCAGUUGGAAUAGGAAGUGAAUUUAUCCAUGCUUCCUUGGCUCCACAACAGAAAUCUGGUAUCAUAUCAACCCUUCAAGCUUCAGGCCAUCGCGUGGCUAUGGUUGGUGAUGGCAUUAAUGAUGCGCCCUCUUUGGCCCUUGCUGACGUUGGGAUUGCUUUGCAAAUUGGAAAUCAAGAAAAUGCUGCAUCAAAUUCAGCAUCUAUAAUACUACUUGGAAACAAACUUUCACAGCUAGUAGAUGCGCUAGAUCUUGCUCAAGCAACAAUGACAAAAGUUCAUCAAAAUUUGUCAUGGGCAGUAGCCUAUAAUGUAGUGGCCAUUCCCAUAGCAGCUGGGGUACUUCUUCCCAAAUUCGAUUUUGCCAUGACACCUUCACUUUCAGGUGGAUUGAUGGCAUUGAGCUCAAUAUUUGUUGUUACCAACUCGUUACUUCUGCAGUUCCAUGGCUCUUGGAGCAAGAAAAAGAGCUUAGCUCCCUGACAAUCCCGAGCUAAUCACAUGGUAAACCCUCCCUCCAACCCUGUCCACCUAUCAUAGAAGAAAGUUGAAUGACUCAAAGUUUGAUGACUCCUUUAUUCAAUGUAAAUCUUUGCGGAUGAGAACAUAUGUAUGGAAUCAUUAAAUUGCUAGUACUUGUUAAACUGCAAAUAGAAAUGAUAUGUAGUUCUGAUUUUUAA